AUGAGCAACGCGUUCGUCAUUUUUUGUUGUAUUUUCUGUUCGAUGUUUGCUGUAAUUCAAGCAUCUCAUACUGCUCCAAAAAUUUAUAUUACUCAUAAUGGGGAAUCAAUAAAACCGGCGCAUAUUUAUGUUUAUGAAAGUGGUGAGUUUUGAACAAAUGUUUUCGAGGGAAAUUCGAAAUGUUUUUAAGUUUUAGAAAAACGAGUGGUUGAUUACAGAAUAAUUUUUGAGAACUCAAAAAAAUUUGUCUUUGAAACUAAUUACAAUAAUCGAAAAGUUUGCCACGUCAUAGGCAAAUUUUGAACCCUAGGAUUUCUGGAAUAAUUCUCUCUUGGGCAGUUCUUUUGAGAAUCCUUGUUGCAAGCAUCACCUCUCCAAGUAAACUAUCUCGGUUGUUUUAUCACUCUCUUAUCAAUUGAUGACUCAUUUAGGAAAUAAAAACGAAGUUUAUAUUAAUUUUCAGAAGGAGAUUCGAUAAAAGAAGUUGAAAAGAUAACAACAAAUGAGCACGGAUAUUUUCGAGCUCAUUUUCUUCGACAUUCGCCCGAAAAAGAAUUUGAGCUGACAAUAUUAUACAAAUGCGGAAAAAUCGAUUUUGUUAGUUGAUUUGAUCUAUUUUAAAUUGAUUUUUUAUCAGAAAAAAAUAUUGCAGAACUGCAACAAUCCUUGUUACAAAAUCACAAUUCUUUCAAGUGACUUCAAGUUUGAUCAAAAUCGUGAGGUUUGUUAUUUAAAAAAAAACUAAUUUUGAAUACUAGUAAAUUUUCAGGCGAUCAUAAACUUGGAAGAUGACAAACAUGAUCGAUAUAUGCUUUGUGUUUGA